AUGGUGGCGGGUUUGUGGCUGGGUGAGGAGGGGCUGUCCUGCGCGUCCCUGCUGCGAAUCAACGAAGACAAUCACGGACAGUACCAGCACGGCCAGGCGGGGUUACAGUACGCGACGGUGGUCAUUGGUCGAGGUGAGGGCGCCAAGGCCUUCUGGAAUAGCUUGGGCUUCCGCCCCGUCACCACCGCGGAUGGCCACGUGGCCCGGCGGGUCGUCACAUGCAGCCAGGAGCAAGCCCCGCGAGAUGAUGUCUGGAUUGCCAUGCUGGACGCGAACUCUUUGUCGCGCAUGAUCCAUCGGUCAGUGACGGCGGCGGGCGGGUCAGUGGCGACCGACGGAGCAGCGGCGACGGCCGCGGUGGCGGCUGUGACCCAUGGGUCAACGGCGGCGUUUGAGGCGGAAGCGCUGGUGGCAGAGCAGAGGGACCAGCAGUGGCCUGGUGGCUUGGGUGUGGGUGCUGAUCGCGGCGGUAGCGCGGGAGGCGAGGUUCACACCCCGGCCGCGGCCCUGGCCCUGGCCCUGGCGCAUCAGCGAGUGCAGGAGGCAGCGGAGCUUGUACGACGGCGGUUGGAGCAGGGGCCCCGUCGACCCCCUGCACUUCCUGCGAAGACAGCGGUGGCGGCAGCGGCGGCGGCGGCGGCGGUGCCAACACCACCACCGCCACCACCACCGCCACCACCACCGCCACCACCACCAGUUUCUCGAUCCCAACAAGGAACCGCUUUCCGCACUUCCCACGCCCCUCGCGCCCCCUACGUCAUAGACGCCGCGGCGGCGGCAGCAGAGGCCGCCGCGGCGGCGGCGGCGGCGGCGGCGGCCCAGCGGCGGCGGCGAAUUCUCGCCGCGGCAGCGGCGGCAGGCGCGCGACCCGCCGCCGCCAGAGGCGCCGCGGCAUGGCUGGAUUUGUUCGCAGCGAUACGGCAUAUGGCCCGAAAGCCUCGCGCCGCCGCCGCCGCCGCCAUGUCCCCGGAGCCGCGCUGCCGUCACAUUCCUGUCGGAGCCGUGCCGCUGGCACCUUCUUUAGCGACUCUUGCUUUGGCAGCACCAGCAGCAGCAGCUGCUGCCGCCAUUCCCCCCGCAGGCGCUCCCUGCCACGUGGUUCGCGUCGGUACACAGGCGACGGAUAUCAAACUUGGCGUACGUGUGUGCCGGGAGAUCUUCCCGUACCAAAUGGACGCGGCGGUGGCGGAGGGCAGGCGGCAGCCCGUACGGGUAGCGGCGCGCCUGCCGGACGGCAGCUUCCGUCGGUACGACUGCUACCUCGCCGCCAGCACCUCAGGAAAUUACUGCUUGAACAGCGUGACCUCGUUUUUGCGUGACAUGGGCUGCUUUAUCGGCAAUUGUAAACUGCUGUUAUGGGUUCAGCAGCCUGAGGGUUUGGUGGUCCUGGCCCCCGCGGAUGAGGUCGGCUUGGCGGCGGCGGCGGCGGCGACCGUGACGGCGCCGCCGCCGCUGCCGGCAGCAACAGCAGCAGCAGCAGCGGCGGCCGCCAUGGCUCAGCGGCAGCCCAACAUUCCCGCCGUACUGCUGACGUCGGCAAUGUUUCGGAGUGACGAAAUUGCCGUACCAGCACCGGCCGUGGUGGCGGCGCUGGGUUGUAAUGCCGCCAGUGGCGGCGGCGACGGCGGACUGAUGACGGCGUUUUCGGCUCCUCUGUCAUCUGCUCUGUCGUCGCUUUCAAAUCAACAUCAACAUCAUCAUCAUCAUCAACAGCAGCAGCAGCCGCAGGUCACGAUACCAGUCCACGUACAUUUCUGGCGCCGAAUCUUCCGAAUCAGUGACGCGGUUCUUUGCGGUUUCGGAGCGGCACCUGAGGUCUUGACCUGGAAGCUGUACGGCCUGGGUUCAUGGCUGCAGUACAGAGGCGUCACGCCAGGAGAUAGUUUGCUGCUGACGGCGGCGCCGGGAGGCGUGGAGGCCGCCGAAAGCAGCAAGGGCGUCGUACUUCGUGUGGAGCUGUCGUACCAACGCCCUGGUGCAUCUGACAAGAUGCGCGCGUCGGCGUCAGCGUCGGCGGUCAAUGGCGUCGGCAGUGCGCGGAAACGGUCCCGUGGGGCCGCCACCACCACCACCGCCGCCGCCGCCGCCGCGGCCGAAGUCAUGCCCUGCGAUGACGACCUUCAUGACGAUGACGGCGACGACGAUGACCAUGUACGACAGAAACAGCGGAAGCAGCGACGCUGGGUAUCCUUGGGAUUCGGAGCAGCGGCGGCGGCGGCGGCGGCUGCUUCCACAGGCACGGCCGUGGCGGCGGCGCCUUCCCCAACCCCUUUUGGCCCCGUCCAUGAAUUUCCACUUUCCAAAAGCCAUCUUGCGAAUGUCAGCCUGGCGGCGUACAUUCCCCGCCAAGUGGCCGCCAGGCUCAUGAGGCCCUUCCUGGAGCCGCCGUCUCUUCUUCAGGAGCCGCAAGGGGAGGGUACGGCGCCGUCAGGGGCCCCGCGCCCGGCGGCGGCGGCGCUGGAGGAUCCCGAGCCGGGACUGAACGUACCGGAGAGCUUCCCCGUGUGGAUGGCGGAGGCGGCGCCUGACGGCGCCGACGGCGGCGGAGGCGUGGUACUGGUACCAACCGAUGGGGAUAUGCGAUGGUACGGCAGUUCCAGUAAAUGGCGGCUCCGGAAGACCGUCCCUUGGCUGUUGGCGGCGGGGGCAAAGCCCGGCAGCUUGCUGGGACUGCAGCUUGCAAAGUGGGAGGGGGAGGUGGAUGAAGCCGCCGCUGACGUUGGCGCCGCCGCCGCCGCCGCCGCCGCUGCUGCGGGCGAGCAUGUACCGGAAUCCAGAUCCGGCCGACCUGCGACACGGUUCGCUGUCGUACUGAGCCUCACGCACAGCAAUGAGGAAGACUUGGAUGACGGAGCCGCGGCGUGGGACGGUGCGCAACCUCAGGAGCUGCAACAGCUCGUCAGGCUCAAGGAUGACGCCGCCGCCGUCGGCGGAUGGGGCCCUGGCGGCGCGGAUGACGCGUCCCUGGAGCUAAAGCUGACGGCUCGGCCAUGGCCGGCGAUGUCGCCGACAUUUCCCCUCCGUCAAGAUGUCGUACAACAUGCGUCGUCUUGCCGUCUGCCGUCUGCGGCAAUGGCGGGUGGCGGCGACGUCAAGGCACCCCCCGGAGAUCCCGCCGUCGCCGUACGCGGCCGAGGCCGCGGCAGUCGCGGCCGCGGCCGUCAGCGCGGCGCGACGGAGGGGCUCAGGCGCGGCGGUGGCGGCGAAAGCGGUGGCGGCGAAAGCGGCCCUGGUGAGGAAGGGGUCCUGCCGCUGAGGAUAGGCACGAAGCGCAGGACGGCGAGCCGCCAGCAGGACGGGGACGGGGACGAGGAAGAGGAGGAGGAGCGAUGGCGGGCGUCGGCGAAGCGGAUUGCCGCAGGUGACUUGCUGCUGUCGGCCAUUUGCGCCGAGCUACCGUUACCGCCGCCGCCACUGCCGCUGCCGCUGCCGCCGUCGAGAGCCAUGGCGGCGGCAGCCAGCGGUGGCGGCGGCGGCGGUGCAGGGGCCGUAGCUCGCGCCGAGUUUCGGCCCGCAGAUGCUCGUACUCGUGUAAGUACCACUGCGCCGCCGCCGCCGCCUCCGUUGCCGCGUCCAGGGUCUCCCUGGGCCGGGGAGGAGGAGGUGGCGGAGGUGGCGGAAGAGGCGCCGGCGGCGGCGGUGACGGCGGAGGGUACGGAAGCGGCGCAGCGCCGUUCGACGGCCUCAGGUGGCGGCUCCAUGGCGCUGGCGGCGGCUCUGGCGGCGGCGCUCCGCCAUCGACAGUUGGGACUCCCCAACGGAAAAAACCAACAAGAACAACAAAGUCAGGAAGAGCACCUGCGAUUGGUCGCACGGUUGGACAGCUUGGACGACUACGGACACCGGCGGCUUGAUGACCAGCACCAGCCCCAGCAGCCCCACCAGCCCCAGCAGCCGCACCAGCCCCAGCAGCCCCAGCAGCCCGCUCGGCCGUGUGUGUGGGAGUGGAGUGAUGUGGCGGCCACGGCGUUGUUCGGGGAGCUGCUGGACAACCUGAACCUGGCGGAGGAGGGAAAGCUUCAGGAGAUGGCUGUCUGGCUGAGAAAGCUGGUUUCGGAGGAGGAGGGGGAGGAGGCAGGCCGGGAGGGCGGGAUGGAAGUCGGGUUGGAAUUGGAGUCGCCGCCGCCGCCGCCGCCGCCACGGAGCGCCCCCGGGGUGGGAGGAGGGGGGACCGCCAACACCAACACCGCCAACACCAGCACCGCCGGUGGAGGUGGUGCUGCCGGGUGCGGGGUGGAAUCGGCGCCGGCGGCCGCGGCCCCGACCUCGGGGUCUGCUGCCCCCCGGCUAAGAGUGCGGCUGGCGGGGGUGUCGAGGGAGUGGCUGCGCAUAUCCCGCAGGCCUCUGAGGGAAACUGAGAGCCCCUUGGCAACGGGCAUCUUCGCCGCACCCGUCACCACCACCACCACCACCACCAGCACCACGAAGCUACAGCCGACAGAGCUUCAACGAGCACAAGAGCAAGAGCCGCUGUCGCUACAGCCGCCACAGUCGCCACAGCACCAGCAGCACCAGCAGCAGGACCAAGUAACCCGGUUCGGGAUAGGAGGGCUGCCCGACCGUUUGCUCGUUUCGUCUGUUGACCUGCAUGAGCCGGCGGCAGUAGCGAAAUCUGGCGACAACCCUGGUGACGCACCCGGCCCCAGCCCCGGCCGCGGGCCCGGCAUGUCCCUGGGGGGCAGCCACGGUGUGAAGCGACCACCACCGGGCUCUGAAGCUGCGGGUCCUCCUUCUUCCGUUCUUUUCCCUCCCUCUUCUUCUUCUUUUGGUUCCGGAGCUGCCGCAGCAGCGUCUACGGCGGAGGCUGUUGUCUGCGGGGAGCUGUUAGGGGGUGGUGGGGGUGAGGAUGGGGGUGAUUUGGUUCGGCAGGUUAAGAGGCCUCGACCCGAGGAGCCGGCAACAACGGGCGGCGGGGGCGCGGUCGUGUACCCGGAGCACCACCUCCCCGGACAACAACCGCGCUUUCGAAAAGCCUUUUCGAAAAGCCAAUUUGACACACGACCAUGCAGGUCGCUUGUCUCCGCGGCCGGUAGCGGCGAAGCCCGUUGUGAUGCUUUCCACGGCCCGGACCGCUCCUACGCCUCCCACCCGUCAAGUCAUGUGACCCCAAGUGACGAAGAACUGCUGCACGAAGCGCUGCUGGCGCUGCAAGGUUGCAGCAUCUCCUCCUUGGCUAUCCUGCACCUCGCCUGCCCGCCACCACCGCCCGCUGCCAUCGCCCAUCUGCGAUCUUCGCUCGUCGAGCUGGAGCUCUCCGACGUUUCCUAUUCAAGCGCCGUUGAGCAGGGCGCCUUCAACGUCCUGGUUCGCCAGCGACGCCCCAUAUGCGCCUGCAGCGACGCCAUGAUACAACUUGCUAUUUCGCUACCCCAGUUACGGCGCCUGUCCCUCGCCAACGCGGCCUUCAGUGCAAGCAGCGUCACGGAGCUCGCACGCCUGACGCGUCUGGAAUCUCUAAGUCUUGUAGGCUCCCUGGAGUGUUCUGGCGGCGUGGCCGAGGCUGCUGAGACCUACCGCUGUCUGCUACUGGCGCUGGGAACCCUGCGGCAACUGCGGUUACCCAUGGCGAUGCCCUCCCCAAGCACGGCACUCUUGGACUAUGACGAGGAUUUUAACGGGGAAAGGUACGACGGCGGUGGCGGCCGUGCCGCUGACGAAAACGAUCUAGUUGGGGUCGGCCUUUGGCACCACUCUGUAUCAGCGAGUGCCGGCAAUGCAGUUAGCCGGGCUCUCGCUGGAAAUGGUUCCUCAGUGCCGUUCUUCGGGUUCGGUGUGGGAGCCCAGGCAGAUCCCGCGUGCCUUAUUACAGCUCACACAGCAUCCGGUCGGAGAAGAUCCGCUGCAGUCGGCACAGCGGCGGCGACGGCAGCUACCGCGAGCAACGCACUGCACACCGCCCUAGCUCAGCAGGACCGACAGCAGUGGAGACAGCACCACCACAACCACCAGCAACAGCACCAUAAGCACCAUAAGCAACAGCACCAGCUUGCAGCCGGUUUCGUCUUUCCCCCGCACCUUCAGGACCUCACCAUUCCCAUCUGCUCGCUGAACCGACCCGUGUUCGAGGCGGUUUGUGAAGCGUACGGCAAUGGCGGCAGCCUGCGCGCUUUGCACCUCCCUGCACUUGGCGGUUACUCCCACUGGGAGGGGAGCUUCCUGGCGUCACCCCGGGACUUCGUGCAACUGGCUCGGCUACAGGAACUGGAGCAGCUGCAUCUGAGCUUGGAUGUUGGAGCUCUGGGCCUGAGCCACGUGGGCUUGCGGGUGUGCUUCCAGAACCUGCGAGCGCUGCGCAACCUGAAGCAACUGGCCGUCGGGCGCUGGGGAAGAGGUAACCCGCACUGGGCUGCCGACGCUGACGUGGCGCCGCCGCCGGCAUCGGCGCCGGAGUUCCCUCAGUCGCUGGGGGCCACCGGCGGCGGCGAAGAUGGUGGUGGUGGUGGUGAUGAUGUGCACAUAGCGCCUCUUGAUUUUGCUGAACCUCAACAUGGGAAGCAUGUCGCAGUAGCGGCGAAAGCUAGCGAUGUAUCGUCACGCGGUCUGAAUGUGAGAGAGCUUUGUUAG